AGAAGAAGAAGAAGAAGAAGAAGAAGAAGACUUUUUCGCUGUGACGUAUACGCAUCAUGAUCGUUAUAUGAUUUUGUUUUCCUGUCAGCUCUAUUGAAAGUCAUGGCAGGUCCUGAUCUGACAAAAACUCUUCUGUAUACCGUCAAUAAUCUACUGCAGCAAGAGAAGUACAAAGCGGCAUUGGCAGUGUUAAAAGGAUUCAGAAACGGCGCCGUUUAUGGGGCCAAAAUCAGAGCACCACAUGCUCUGGUAAUGACAUUUCUGUUUAGAAGUGGCAGUUUGAAGGACAAGCUCAAAGCCAUUUUGAAGGCCACGUACACCCACUCCCGCAACCUGGCGUGCUUUGUGUUUACAUACAAAGGACUGCAAACCUUGCAGGAGAGGUGCCAGGGGAAAAGUUUGCAGUCUCACUCCUUUCUGGCUGCGUGUGUUGGAGGAUGGUUAGUGUUUGGAGAUAACAACAACAUUAAUAGCCAGAUCAACAUGUACUUGCUGUCCAGAAUCCUGUUCGCCCUGUCUCGGCUGGCUGUAGAGAAAGGAUUUAUCCCCCAGCCUAAACAUGACCCUUUCCCACUCUUCGCCACCCUGGUGUGGGGCAUUGUCUUGUGGCUGUUUGAAUAUUACCCUCACACCCUCCAGCCCUCACUGCAGUCCUCAAUGGACUACCUCUACCAUGACAGCAAUGUGUGGCAUGACAUAACAGACUUCCUUGUUUAUAAUAAGCCAAGGACUGCUGCUUAGAAAUGAAGUUUUAGUUUUCUUCACUAUGGACAAGCUCCCUACAAUACGUGAAUAGUAUUAUUAUUUUUUUUUAAAUAAUUAUUAAUAUUCCAAAUAUUGUUGAAUGUUGCCUUUUUUUAAAUUAUUGCUAGAUUAAAGUUUUAACUGUAGGACUUAAUUUGGUUUGUUAACGUUUGAUUCAUUGACAUUUGUAUAUCUUGUGUGCCAAC